UGUUGCAUUCUUAGUGAACUUAAGUGGGUAAUUUGGUAUGAAAUCAUAAGUUUCAGUAUACCUAAUUAAGACUGAAAAAGGAGGGAAUCGGAAAGGAUUUUUUGGCCAAUUAGGACUUUUUGUGACAUCUAAUGAGCAGAAUGAAUGAUAAUUCAAAAGGCACAGCUUUUACUGAUGUUUAUGAAUUGAAAGAAGAUUUGGGAAAAGGAGCAUUCAGUAUCGUGAGAAGAUGUGUACAAAGACAAACUGGUGCAGACUACGCUGCUAAAAUAAUAAAUACAAGGAAGUUGAGCCCACGAGAUCUGCAAAAGUUAGAAAGAGAAGCGAAAAUAUGCAGACUCUUAAAACACCCAAACAUAGUUCGGCUAUAUGCAAGCAUCUCAGAGGAAACGUGCCAUUAUCUUGUUUUUGACCUAGUCACAGGAGGAGAAUUAUUCGAAGAUAUUGUAGCGAGAGAAUACUACAGUGAAGCAGAUGCCAGUCAUUGCAUCCAGCAGAUUUUGGAGGCUGUUGUACACUGUCACCAAAUGGGAGUAGUGCAUCGUGAUUUGAAGCCGGAAAAUCUUCUACUGGCCAGCAAACAAAAAGGCGCCAUUGUUAAACUAGCAGAUUUUGGUUUAGCAAUUGAAGUCUCAGGCAAUCACAGGUCUUGGUUCGGUUUUGCUGGUACUCCCGGUUAUUUAUCACCUGAAGUUUUACGUAAAGAUAAUUAUGGGAAACCUGUGGAUAUGUGGGCGUGUGGUGUAAUUCUUUAUAUCCUUCUCGUCGGCUAUCCACCGUUUUGGGAUGACGAUCAAAGUAGAUUAUAUCAACAGAUCAAAGCAGCAGCUUACGAUUUUCCUUCACCUGAAUGGGACACAGUUACCAAGGAAGCAAAAGAUUUAAUCAACAAAUUGUUGACUGUUAAUCAAAAUAGUAGGAUCACUGCUCCAGAAGCUUUGAAACAUCCAUGGAUAAGUCAAAGGGACAAUAUUGCCUCACAUAUUCACCGUCAAGACACUGUUGAUUGUCUCAAGAAAUUCAAUGCACGACGGAAGCUAAAGGGUGCUAUCAUUACAACUAUGAUUGCCACAAGAAAUUUUUCAACAGGUCGCAGUUUAUUGGGCAAAAGUAACAAAGAUAACAACACCAAGAAGGAUUCGUCAGCCGGAGAUUCUACCUCAAGUCCGUCUGCCCCGAAAAAUCCGUCUACAUCCUCGAGCGAGGAUUCUGGUAGCCCUCAAAUGAAGUCAACGGGAAACGCAAAAUCGAUGGGUUUAUCUGGUCUGGUGCAGGCUCUCAAACCUACCGGGGCUGCGAAAUCCCAAUCGGUGCUAAAAACGUCAACGGGGACCAUUAUCAAAGCAGCCUCCAAAAAGGAACCGCAGGCGCAGGUUACGGUGGUAAGGGCCGACACUGCCCAAGCCAACCAAAAGGGCUCUGGAGAAAGUGGUUCAACUGUUGACGACGAAGAAACUAGGGCAAAGAAAGCUGAGAUUAUUCGAUUAACAGAACAAAUACUUCAGGCUAAAUCAGACUGCGAUUUCGAAGCUUAUUGCAAACUGGUUUCUCCUGACAUGUCAUGUUUCGAACCAGAAACACAAGGAAACCUAGUUCGUGGAAUCGAUUUUCACAAGUUUUUCUUUGAUAACAAUUCAGCGAAGUCUGGCAAAACAAAUAACACUACAAUGCUGAAUCCUAUCGUUACUUUGAUGGGAGAUGAUGGAGCGUGCGUCGCCUACAUUAACUUAACUCAAUAUGUCUCAAGCAACAAUCAAGUCAUGGUGAAGCAAGUCGAGGAAACGAGAGUGUGGCAGAGAGCUAACGGAGCUUGGCGAAUGGUUCACUUCCAUCGUUCCGAACGACCUGAUCGACGCCGUAGUUUGGACACGUAACGUGAAUGUCGUUUUCGUAUUUUUCCCCGCGCUUUAGACGAUGGACUUGAUCUUCUGCUUUAGAACGAGACGCAGAUUGUGCAACGGUUUCACCCACAAUAUUUGCACUUCGCGUCUUGUAACUCGAAAAGUCCAUCGCAUUGUGCUCGCGAUCAUAACGUGCGUUAUUUUUAUUAUAUGAAACUCAAACAACAACAUCGAUGACGUCAUCAACAGAAUCAAGAGCACUUGACACUUUCUUUAUAUUAUAUGUGCAGCAUACUGAAACGUCGUCGUAUAUUGUUUUUUCUUUAAUUUUUGUGCAUAUGAAACGAAUUAACGCAACUGACAACAAAUAUAUUAUGUGCUAGACGUUGGGAAAAUUGCCUCAUGCGUGGUGAUUUUCUGCUUCGAUAAAUGUUUUUCUAUUUUUAUUUCCAUGCUCGCAAAUCUCUGCAGUUUGAAUGUACAAUCUUGGCGGAGAAAAAAUUUAGUAGUCAAUUGGUUUAUAAAAAGGUUUUAGUAGUUCAAUUUAUGAAAUGAUUUUAUGUUCAGUAUAAGCUUUUAUUUUAACUAAAUAUAUCCAUAAAUGCGUCUUAGAAUUAUAAUGCAUUCAACAUCAUGAGAUUGAACAUGGUUUGCAAUCUCGAACAUUUUAUAAUUUAUUUAAAAAAAUAUGUUCAAAUCGUCUUCAUACUUUUCUACAGAAAUCGUGAUGAAAACGUUUGUGACAUUGCGCUUUAUCAAGUGGUGAAACUAAUUUUCACAUCUUGUAUCAAGUUACUUUUAUGAAGGCACAAAGACAUAAUUCAAAUUCGAUCUGGCUUUCAGUCCUGGAUAGCAAUAUAUCCUUGGCAGCGAUUUGCUAGGUCCGAAUCAUGCCUGGAUGCUACUGUUUUGAUUAAAAAAAAUCUGUUUUGACAUUUGAGACCUGAUCUAGAAUGAUCAUUGGUACCAUCGUCUCGUGAAGUAUUCGUUAUUGCAUGAAUAAUGUUUUUGUUGUUUCUCUACUUUGUACCUGUGUAUCGCGGUAUUUAUUGUCGGACAAAUUACUAUAGUUAGUGCUUUCAAAGCAGCUAGAUUUUUCAAAAACAACAAAAUGUUAAUAAUUUAAUAAUAGCAUAUAUAUCAGUCGUAAUUGAAGUUAGUGUGAACCAAAUUUCGAGUCUAAAUAUUUUGGGAAUUCGUUCGCCAUUUUCAAUGUAUACAUCUAAUAUGUUCGUUAAUAAGUAUAGAGCAUCGAUUCCUAAAUAUGUAUCUUUUCAUGUAUCUCUUAUUCCUAAUUCGCGUUCAUAUCGUAAUCAUGCAAAAUAGUAAGUAUAUAUUGGUUUGAAGAAUAAACGCGCUCAAAGUCGGUUAUUUUUUGUUUUGUUUGAAUUUCUUAAUGGUUUUACCACGUUUUUUUUGUAAUUGUAGAUGAAAAUGAGUAAUAAAUUUGUGAGCAAAAGUCGUUUUUUCGACUGCCACACCAACUA